AUGGAAAAAUCAGAGAAGCGUGUGGUCAUCAAAUACUUCUAUUUAAAAGGCCUAACACCAUUACAAAUUAAAGAAAAGCUGGAUUCCACACUGAAAGACUCUUCUCCAUCAUAUUCAACGGUUAAACAGUGGGUUUCUGAAUUUAAGAAAGGUCGCACGAGCACUUCUGACGAUCCACGUUCAGGACGCCCCGUUGAGGUCACAACUCCCGAAAUGAUUUUAAAAAUUCAUAAAAUAGUGAUGGAGGACCGCAGAUUAAAAGUAAGUGAGAUAGCUGAGGCUACUAGGAUGUCAACUGAACGUGUGCGCAAUAUUUUACAUGAAUAUUUGAGCAUAAGAAAGCUCUGUGCUAG